AUGCAUUUCACUUCCCUCCUCCUCCUGCCUCUGCUGGUCGCAGCAGACCAGGUUCCCCUGAAAGAAAAGGCCGCGGGCUGGUUCGACAAGGCCAAAUCAUAUAUCCCCAGCGCCGCGCCUUCGGUUUCAGUGCCUGUGCCUCCCAACCCGGUCGAAGCGGGCGCGGCCACAGUCGCUGGGUACAAGGUCGAGAAGAUCAACAUCCGCAAUUGGCAGCGCAAACUCGCUCCGAAGCCGGACACCGAGGAGGAAUGGAUGAUUUACCUGACGGGCGGCAAUAAGACGUGCUUUGGCAAGUGUGGCCCUGUGGAUGCCGUGUGGAAUGAAUCGGUCCCCUUACUAGCCGCAUUGCCCCAGCCCGCGGGUUCGCCUCCAUUGAAACUCGGCAUGGUCGACUGUGAAAAGGAUGAGGUCGUGUGCACGGCGUGGGCGUCGGGGGUGCCCGUCAUCUACCACUUCCUGCUGCCCAAGCAGUCCGAGCAAGAGGCAAAGACACCGCUGUACAUCAUCCCGCUCAACGUCACGACCACCACCGUCUCGGACAUCACCAGCCUGCCGCGCGCCUCCAAGUCGCGGUACCUGGAAUACGACGAGUACACGGGCCUGAUGCACCCCUUCGACGGGCUCCUGGCCAAGACCGGCUUGCUCCAGCCAUUUGGCUACUUCAUGUGGGCCCUGGGCACGAUGCCGUCGUGGCUGAUGAUGCUGGGCAUCAGUUUCAUCUCCCGCCAGAUCAUGAGUCGGAGGAUGGCCGGCGGCAGAGGCAUCCCUGCUGCCGCCGAUGCCCAGCAGCCUGCCGCUCCCAGGGCGGCGCCCGCCGCACCCGCGUCGCAGCCCAAGGCUGGCGGCGGUGGCAGUGCGCGGAAGAGGAAGUGA